GAAGACAAUAAAAGAUGAAACAUAAGAUAAAUGAUAAUAACAGAGAAACCCAAACGCUACAAAUCCUAAUCCUAAUGCGCAUAAAAAUGAGAAAGUGGAUAAGAUCGAAACCAGCAAAAAAGGCCACACCACGAUGUAUACACGGACAGCCCGCAGUAUUCUCCGUGCCCUUUUUCGUCUUUUCAGCCCCUUAUAAAUACCAACACUCUUUCUGCACACUUCACUCACUCUCCUCUCUGUGCGCUAAAAAUGGAAGACGAUUCCAACCCACCGUCGCCCCUUUCCUUCAAACACAAGCUCAAGGAAUCUCUCUGCUUCUCCUGCUGCUUCCGCCGCCGCAACGGAGCCCACUUCUCCCUCCACCACUCUCCGCCGUCCCCGUCCGACGACAACCCCGCGGUGGUCUGGAUCAAAGCUAAAGGACCGCACGACCACUCGCUAUCGGAAAUCAAAGAGAAGUGCCGCACGAUUCUAGGGUUGCCGGCGGCUAAGCAUAAGAGGCAGUCGUCGGUGGAAUUCCGCUACGAUCCGCUGAGUUACGCGAUGAAUUUCGAGGACGGAUUUGAUUGUGACGAUGAAGCGCCGUUGCGGAAUUUCUCCGCCCGGCUGCCUCCGACGCCGCCGGUGCCUGCCGCCGUUAGUUGAAUCCGUUUGGCGUUACUGUUUACGAUAAGAAACUGCUCGGGGUCACGGUUUUGUCUGUAAAUAUAAAUUUCUUCUUUUUGUGAUUUCUUGGAAUUUACGAGGGCAAAAUUAGUUUGGUAAAUUUCUUGUCUUUGUGUAUUUGUGGAUGAAAGAAUAUUUAAUAAUCUUUUCUUUACGGCAUUAUUAAAA